GAAAACCUCAUGCUUUGCAUUGUAUCGCAGAGAGACGAACGCGGCGGAGGAAACGCUUCCAUUCCGGCGGAGAACCACCGUCGAAGCUCCCCGGCCAUGGAGGCCUGCCACCGCCGCCGUAUCCCUCUCCAUCCUCCUUCUCCCGUCGCCUCCCCUGUCCUCCGCCGACCUUCCUCUGCCCAGGCCUCUGACGCUCUCCCUCUCCCCAUUCGCCUCACCAACCACGUCUUCGUCGUCCUCUUCCUCGCCUCCUUGGUAUUCCUCAUGCGGCGAUGGCGCUCUAAGAUCCUCUCCGGCUCGCCGCUUCACGUCGUUGAUCUCCUCGAGCUCGCUGCCAUCAUAUCCUUCGUCUCCUCUCUCACCUAUCUCCUCAACUUCUUCGGCAUCCCUUUUGUCCAGCCGUUUCUCUCCCCUUCCCCCGACGACGACGUUUCGGUAUCCUCCCCUGCCCAAAAGAUCCAACCUUGUUCCUCUCCGGAUGAAACCCCUGCCAAAAAGAUCCCUUCUUUUUGCUCCAAGAUCGACUCUUUGUGCCUUGAAUCCGACGAGGAGAUUAUCCAAUCGGUCGUAUCUGGAGCGACUCCGUCCUACAUUCUUGAAUCCAAGUUCGGUGACUGCCGCCGCGCUGCCGGGGUUCGUCGUGAGGCUCUGAAGCGCAUCACCGGGCGAAGCGUUGAAGGGCUCCCCAUUGAUGGGUUUGAUUAUGAGUCUAUUCUAGGGCAGUGCUGCGAGAUGCCGAUAGGGUUCGUGACGCUGCCGGUGGGGAUCGCCGGGCCACUCUUGCUUGAUGGGAUGAAGUACUAUGUGCCGAUGGCAACGACUGAGGGGUGCUUGGUGGCGAGUACUAAUCGUGGGUGCAAGGCUAUUAGCGAGUCCGGAGGGGCUGCGAGCGUCGUCCUGAAAGAUGCAAUGACGCGUGCACCGGUGGUGAGGUUCGCGUCUGCAACGAGGGCCGCAGAGUUGAAGUUCUUCUUGGAGGCGCCAGAGAAUUUCGAGACUCUUUCCAUAGUGUUCAACAGUUCAAGCAGGUUUGCAAGGCUUCAAGGGAUCCACUGCUCGUUGGCAGGGCGAAACCUCUACAUGAGAUUCAGCUGCAGCACUGGAGAUGCCAUGGGGAUGAACAUGGUCUCUAAGGGAGUACAGAAUGUCUUGGAUUAUCUUCAAAGUGACUUCCCAGACAUGGACAUAAUCAGCAUAUCUGGAAAUUUCUGUUCAGACAAGAAGCCGGCUGCUGUGAACUGGAUUGAAGGGAGGGGUAAAUCAGUGGUAUGUGAGGCAAUCAUCAAGGAAGAGAUUGUGCACAAGGUCCUUAAAACAACUGUCGCAGACCUUGUGCAGCUCAAUAUUAUUAAAAACCUUGCUGGAUCAGCUGUCGCCGGAGCUCUUGGGGGAUUUAAUGCUCAUGCCAGCAACAUUGUCUCAGCAAUCUUCAUCGCCACCGGCCAAGAUCCCGCUCAAAAUGUUGAGAGUUCUCAUUGCAUAACCAUGAUGGAAGCCGUUAAUGAUGGAAAGGAUUUGCACAUCUCUGUCACCAUGCCAUCCAUUGAGGUUGGUACCAUUGGGGGUGGGACUCAGCUGGCCUCCCAGUCAGCAUGCUUGGAUCUUCUUGGAGUGAAGGGCGCAAACAUGGAAUCUCCGGGGGCGAAUGCCAGGCUUCUGGCCACCAUCAUUGCCGGUGCUGUACUAGCCGGAGAGCUUUCUCUCAUGUCAGCACUUGCUGCUGGUCAGCUUGUUAAGAGCCAUAUGAAGUAUAACAGAGCCCAAAAAGGAGAUGCAAACAAAGCUUCUCCAUUGAUGUAGCAGCAAACAUAUGUCUGUUCUAUUUAAAAGAUAAAUAAUAAAUGAAGCCUUAGAGAUAAAAUAUAAUGUAUUGUAUAUGAUGAGUAUAGUGAAGGGGAUGAAUUGCUGACAGAGUUGAUAUUAUUUGAAAGAAUUAUUAUAUUGGGGCCUUUGGCCUUUUAUUGUACAUUUGUAAACUCUGCCUCCUUUGUUUGUUAACAAAGAUAUUUGUCUAUAUA